UCUCCAGCAUGUCCUGGGUUGCCUUGGGGUGGCUGGGGAAAAGAAUGUCUGGUAUCACUGCUCAAGCUACCGCCCCCGUGACCCGACCCGGAAAAGCGUUAGAAGAUGUGUGGUUGGUGUUGCGGUGAUAAUGAGCUCCAGUUGAUGGGUCAGGCACUAUGGAGGCUCCCACCCAGACAACAGCAGCAGCUUCAGGAAGAGCUUGUCGACAGACUGGCUGACACAGGAGGCGCAAGACAAGAGCAAGGUGGGGUUGGAGGGACACUUCGAAGAGUCCCUCAACAUUGUUAUGGUCCGGACAUCUAUCAUCUGCUAAAAACACGCAGAGGAGGUAAAAAACAAAAUGGUUUUAUAGAUUUGGAGAUGCUCCCACCUGAGUUAGGCAUCACCAUAUUGUCGUAUCUGAAUGCUACUGAUCUUUGUCUGGCCGGGUGUGUGUGGCAAGACCUCGGAAAUGAUGAAUAUCUAUGGCAGGGGCUCUGUAAGUCCACAUGGGGUCACUGCUCCCUCUACAACAGAAGGCUGCCUGCUGGUUUCUCAUAUAGAAGACUUUAUCUACAACUAGAUGAAGGCAGCCUGACAUUCAACGCAAACCCGCGGGAGGGUAUCUCUUAUUUCAUGUCUAAAGACAUACUCGUGGAUCACCCCACAGAGGAGGCUAAGUUCAUCUUCUACACUAGACGGCUCAACUGGAAGAUGCUGAGACUUUACCUGGAUGAGCGGCGUGAUGUUUUGGAUGAGCUGGUGACACUUCACAACUUCAGCAAUCAGUUCCUUCCCAAUGCUCUGAGGGAUUUCUUCAAACACGUUCAUGCACCAGAGGAGAGAGGAGAGUAUCUGGAAACACUCAUCACUAAAUUUAGCCACAGGUUUUGUACCUGUAAUCCUGGUCUUGUCCGAGAGCUGGGUCUCAGUCCUGAUGCUGUGUAUGUGCUGUGCUACAGUCUUAUCCUGCUCUCCAUUGACCUGACCAGCCCUCACGUCAAAAACAAAAUGUCAAAGAGGGAGUUCAUCAGGAAUACUCGCAGAGCGGCCCAUAAUGUCUCAGAUGACUUUGUGGGCCAUCUUUAUGACAACAUAUACUUGAUUGGCCAUGUUGCUGCGUAGCUCAUCUCGCCAUCUGAAAUCCUCACAAUGCACUGAAGAAUAGGAAUCAUGGAUUUGGUUCUUAUCUACUAUAUCUCUGGAAUGUUUGAAAUAUUUAUUGCGAAUUUUCAAACCAAUACAAUAUAGCACUGUACUGUGGGCGAGAUCCUGCCACCAAAGUUAUUUGAAUGUCCUACGAUGUUUGUAAUGUUGAAGAAUGGUUUUAAAAGCCUGAAUAUAAUUAACCUCUGACACUGCACUAAUGAAGUACUUCCACUAGUGGUAGAAGGAUGACCAGGAGAACCCCCUACAGGUAGGUAUAUGCAAAUACAGUCAUUUCUUUCCAGUACUUACUGCUUCAGGAUCACUCGUGAGACAAAUAUACGUAUUUAAUCAAAAAAUCUAGGACACUACAUUGAUUGGGGGGGGGGGAAUAAAAUUCAAGCAGCCAGUUGUCAUUCCUAACAAUGAUAAAGCAUCAGUACAUGUUGGUGGCUUUCAUUACCUGUUGAAUUUAUACAGUAUCUACUUGUUGAUUAUAAGUGAGUUUGCCAUGGACUUUUUUUCUUAUUCAAUAUAAUUCACAAUAGUAUGAAAUUUCAGAACAUGGAGACUUUCGUUUACAAUAAUGCUGACAUUAACCACAGUCCCCG